UCCAAAAAAUAAACAGCACAACACGAUUAAAAACUGCCGGAGGACGAGUCGGAGGAGCUAAAAGGUGUUAAACCUCACAGAGACGAAGGGAGGAAGAUGGAAACACACGAGGUUCCAGAGGACACAAAGAGCUUGUCAGUAAACAGAAAUACGAUCGGCUUCAGACUCGACAAAAUGUUUGUGUUGACAACAGAAGACGAGUCCUCGAAGAUGUGUGAUGCCACUUUCAUCCUCCUCCUCCUCGUCCUCCUCGUCCUCCUCAUCCUGUGUCCUGAGGCGUGGACUUACGAGGCUCCUGAGGUCAAACAGGAUGUGUUUGCUACGACAGCCUGUCCUGCCUUCCUGACCUUCACUAACGCUGCCUACUUGGCUGGAGUCACUUUGGAGCUGCCCUGCCGCUGCAAACCUCAGCAGGUCCAAUCAGUGGUGUGGUUCUUUCGGAAACAUCUGGGCAGCUCCAGGGAGACCAGAGCCCUGACCGAUCACCAUGGCAACAAGCUUCUGGACCCCAGGCGUGUCCCUCACAGCGCCGACCUGCAGAGUCGAUUCGCCAUCCGCCUCUUCAGCCUGCUGAUCUUCAGGGCCGGCGCCGACGACUCCGGCGUCUACAUCUGCGGCUCCGCCCACAAAGACUUCUUCUAUAGCUACGACCUGGACAUCCAGGAGGCGCGAACGCUCAGCUUCACUCCGAGGCUCGCUCCAGAAACUACGAGCGAGAAAAGGAAAGAAAGAAGACUGGGCUCUGCUCGGCUGCUGUACCGGGUCUUCACCAGCUUCCGGCCCUGGUCGGUCUGCGAUCGCUGUGGAGUCCUGGGAGAGCAGGUUCGCAUCGGCCUCUGCUACGUCCACUCCCACUUCCUGCAUGUCCGCUACAGACGGGCCAAUCAGACCGUCGCUUCAUGCGGCUCGGGGGCGGUGCCGCGGGCGUUUGGGAAACUGAAGCGAAGCAGAGUUGGAGCCAAGUUGGAGGUCAGAAGCUGUCAAGUGGUCUGUCCGCCUCCAGCCCCCCGAGCCUCCAGCAUCCUUUCUCUGAUGGCAUUUCUUGGGUACAAUUCUGCCUCCCUGCCAGUAGAGGUUCCAGUGUUUUACCUGAGCCACCCUGCGGACCGCGUCCUGACCCUGGGCUGUCCUGGGGCUCGAGCUAACAUGGCCGUGGCCUGGGACCGAGGAUCCGAACCCAUCUACCGAUACGAACACGCGACAGGUCGGACCCUCGGCGCCUCGCCCCCCCGGCUGCAGAUAGACACCGGACACCACCUGCUGUUCAAUCCUGCAAAGAUUCAGGACUCAGGCAUCUACUACUGCUGGCUGCAGGGACGACAGGCCGCUGAGAUACGCCUGCUGGUCUACCUCCGUUUGGGCCGAGGACAGUCAGUGACGUCGCAUCCCGAAUUCCAGAUAGCCGUCAAGACCGUGCUGACGUGGUACGCCGUCAUGACAGCCGUGUUUUGCAUCCUGGUGUUCGGCAGAGCUGGAGUCAGACACCUCAGAGACACGCACGUGGAUUAAACACUCGCUUUCUGACGCGGCGCUGAGGAGAUCUGGCUGCGCAGGACGAGUGUUUCGCAUGAGAAACAAAAGCUUCGGGACGAUAGUUCAUUUGGGAGUGUGAAGGUGCAGUAGGAUCUGUGUUUGGUGGAGUUCCCGCAGUCUUUCAUUGGCUAUUUGGAAGCACUGUUGAUGAUGGUGUUUGUGUGCAGAGGCCCGAUGGAGCCUCUCCUCCGCAGUGUGAAGAGCUCUCAGGUGCGUCACUACUCCUGAUAAGAGCCGCGGGAGCGAGAGGAGAGACGAAGGCGAAACAAAGGAACCCUCUGAGAGAGAGCGUAGAUGGAUGAUGACACUUAGAUAAAAGGGAACCAGUCAGAGAGACGAGAAAAAACAAAACAAAAAAAAAAAAAAAAAGAAGUCAAGCCUGAGUGGUUGUUAAAAAUAAAUGAGAGCUGAUGAAUGGGAUGAGAGACAGAUGAGCUUUUUCAUCCAAUUAUUUUUGUGCAGAUUAGAUCAGCAGCACAUACAGACGGAACAUGCAAAUAUGGAGGCAUCGGGGUGAUUUAUUUGUCUUUAAUCAACACGGGGUUACGUAACAAAAUGAAAGUUUGUGGUUCCCUGCUGCUUCACAGCACACGUAGAUAAAGUUAUUUAUUUCAUACACGCUUCCUCUCAGCAGUGUUAUUAAAGAGUCCCCACUCACAAA